AUGGAUGAUGAUUAUUGGAAUUCGUCGUCAGUUACAAAAAAAGUUAGUCAACAAAAAAUAUUCGAUACAGAUGGCAGCAAUACACUUGAUCGUUUUAAAAGUCAUUCCAAUCCAUUGACUGAAACUCUUCUUGAUUCAAGUCGUUCUACACCACCAUUAAAUACAACAGGAGCAACUUCAGCUCGUUAUCGUCCAACAGCAACAACAACAAAUAAUUCACCGAUAACAACAACAACAACAACAAUAAAAAAUAAUUCACCGCUAACAACAACAGUAAAAAAUAAUUCGCCGAUAACGACAAAAGCAACGUCAAAUAUUCAACCAAAAGUUAUCAUUCCUACAUCACAAGUUUCACGUCCUAUCGAUCAAUCCGUUGAAUAUGAAUUAAUCAUUAUGAAUAGUCCAAGUCCAAAACCAUUAAAAAAAUCUCAGAAUUUAUUACGUAAAGUUGGUCAAAAAGUUGAACAAACUUUUAAUAUUUCAAAUUCAAAUGUAUUUCAUGGUUCUUUAUCAUCAUUAAUUGAUUUACCCGAUAGUUCUUAUCAUAGAGAUGUAGGAGGAACUCAUCAUUUAUCACAUGAAGAUACAGUUUCAUUACAAAAUCUUCCCGAAUAUAAUCCAGAUUCUCCAAGAUUAAAAAUUCGAAAGAAACAUGCUGCUCGAUUUGGUCGUUCACAAGCUUUAGUAUCAUCAAAUGAUACUCAUUCAAAUGCUCAAUGGUUACCACAUGCUGAAGAAUAUCCGGAUCAAACUGCUAAAGAUCGAAGUACACAAUAUGAUAAAGAAAUGGAAAUUCGUUGUAAAAAUUUAUUGGACAAUAAAAGUAUCAAAUUAGAUGAUAUUCGAGAUUGUGAUAAAAAAGCAUCUUUAUUACGUAUAGCUGUUUCAUUUAAUACACCAAGUGUUACUGUUCCAGUAAUGAUUUUUCUUGAAAAUACAUUAUCAAGACCAUUAUUCUACGAAUUAAUUAAACAACAUCCAUCAGUUUUAAAUAAUUAUAUUAAUAUGAACAAAUUAAGAUUUGAGAAUGAUUAUUAUAUAGCUAUGCUUAAGCAAUUUGGUAGAAAUGAAGAUGUGGCAAUGAUACGUCUUCGACAAGCAAAUCAAACGAAUGAUAUGAAUACUAAAAUGGCAAUAUUAGAUCAAGCAGCAACUGAACUUGGAUCACAUCCAUGGUGGCAUUUACAAGUAGCUGAACAACGACUUUUCCAUAAAAAACAACGAGAAUUACAAAAUUCUCAAAAUAAUCGAACAGUACUUGAAUUAUACAAAACAGUUUAUGAAACAGAUUUUCGAAAACAAAAACAAAAUCGAAAUACUGAUAAAUCAACAUUCGAUCGAAGUAAAGAACUCGAAACAACUUUUCAUAUGUCUCCGGAACUAAUUAUGUGUGGUAAAUUAUCUGUAAUUAUGCACUGUGGUUUACGAUCACAUUAUGAUGAUUUUAUUCAUCAAGCAAUACAUCAAGGUAUUUUUGGUAAGAAAUAUAUUAUUGCUCCAGAAUAUCUUGCUGAUAUGGUUUAUAAUUGGGUACGAGCAAGUGGUGAAGGACAAGAAAAAGCAAGUGAAACAGCUGAACGAUUUCUUACAAUGAUUCCUGAUCCUGGUAAACGUAUUUAUUUUGCUGAGAAAUUUCAGAAUUAUGAUGUAGCUAUAGAUACAAUUGUUAAUAAUCUUCGUGAUCGAUUACAAUUAGAAAAUUUACGUAAACGUAUGCCACAUGAUCAUCCUGCAUUUAAUCGAGCUACAUCAAUGUUAGAAAACACAAAAUGGCGAAGUUAA